AUGGCUUCAAUAGAUUGCAUUACAAGCACUCCAACCCCUUCUCUCCCUCUUGUUUUCGACGCCGCCCGCCUCCGCCACGAAUCCAACAUCCCAACCCAAUUCAUCUGGCCCGAAGAGGAUAAGCCGUGCCUCGAAGCUGAAGAGAUCCACGUCCCAGUCAUCGACAUUCAUGGAUUCCUCUCCGGCACGGGGCCAGCUGCAGCUGAGACGUUGGAGAUCAUCAGAGAGGCGUGCAAGAAGCACGGAGUAUUUCAGGUAGUGAACCAUGGCGUCGACACCGAGCUCGUUGCUGAGGCAUACCGGUGCAUGGAUGAGUUCUUCGGGAUGCCGUUGACGGAGAAGCAAAGAGGUCAGAGGAAGACCGGCGAGAGCUACGGAUAUGCCAGCAGUUUCACGGGACGGUUCUCCUCCAACCUUCCAUGGAAGGAGACCUUCUCCUUCAGGCAUGCAACUGAUCCAGACUCUGCUGGCCAUGCACAGGUGGAGGAUUACUUUGUGCACGUCAUGGGCGACAGUUUCCAGCGGAUCGGGAGGGUGUUCGAAGAGUACUGCAAAGAAAUGAACCGUCUCGCCCUCGAAAUCAUGGAGCUCUUGAGCAUGGGCCUUGGAGUAGAACGAACAUAUUUCACAGAUGUAUUCAAGGUAAACGAUUCGGUAAUGAGGCUCAACCACUACCCGCCGUGCCAGAAGCCAGACCUCACCCUUGGAACCGGACCUCAUUGCGACCCAACCUCCUUAACCAUCCUUCACCAGGACGAGGUCGGUGGUUUGCAAGUCUUCGUAGAUGAAAAGUGGUACUCCGUUCGCCCUAUAACAGAUGCUUUUGUCAUCAACAUCGGCGACACUUUGAUGGCCCUCUGCAAUGGCAUAUUCAAGAGCUGCUUACACCGAGCAGUAGUGAACAGCAAGACACCAAGGAAUUCCAUGGCAUUCUUCCUUUGCCCGACGAUGGAGAGGGUGUUGAGUCCACCAAGUGAGUUGGUGGAUGACGAGCAUCCGAGGGAGUAUCCAGACUUCACAUGGUCACAGCUGUUGGAGUUCACACAGAAGCACUACAGAGCAGAUACAAGGACUCUGAAUGUCUUCUCCGAAUGGCUUCUCAAGAAUCAAACAACAACUCACUCUGCUUCUGAAAAUUGA